AUGUGGACAUACCUUUAUACACAGAACAGACACCACAUUAUAUUUAACUUUAAAGCAAGAUUAUGUAGGCCUAAAUAACACAUUCUUCUUAAAGAUAAGCUGAAUUCAUAAGCAAUUAUAUGCAUGCUUUCAGUAAGUGUAUAGCAAAUAUAUUUCUAGUCUUUUCAACCACUUUUACACUACAUCCACACACUGAGCCUAAGAAGGAGAAGCCAGGGAUUGAACCACCAACCUUCUGGUAAAUGGGCAACUUGCUUGAUCCUGAGCCACAGGACGCCUAAGUAUUGAGUUAAGCAACUCAGUACACUCGGAUUUUGCUGCGACAGCCUGGCUUGGUCUGGUGUGACUAGUAGUUUUUGGUGGCUAAUGUAGCUAAUUUUAAAUAGACAGUUUACUAACUUUUCUGUACUUGUGCUGCUGCUAAUUUUAGAUAUUAACAUUAUUCUGUGGUUGUCAUUUGUGGCCACAUCGACUGCUGUUCAGCAGUAGUCUCGCUUUAAAUCAAGAACAGGAGUAAAAAUUUAAUUGAACCAUGAAUCAUCAUAGGUCUACUUUGGAACCAUAGACUGUAUAAAAACUUGAAACUGACCUUUUUUAAUGUGUACAGCAACAGUUUGUGUGACAAGGACCAGAAAGUAGCCUUCCCUCAGAGACUGUGGCAGCCUGGCAGCCUGGCAGCAAGGCAGCGACCAGUGGUUCGUGGAGCAGCAAGGCAGAGACCAGUGGUCGGUGUGGCAGCGACCAGACCACAUAAUUGGCUACAACCCCUUUCUACUCCACAACAAUUCAGAGGGGAAAUGUACUUUUUAGUCGACUACAUCUAUCUGACAGCUUUGCUUACUGAUAACUUUACAGAUUAGAUUUCACAUACUAAAACAUAUGAUGAGUUUAUAAAAUAUGAUGCAAUGCCACAGAUGAAACUCUCCAAGAGUAAUUCAACUAAGCUUCUACAUCAGCUACAAAAUUUAAAAUUCAUCGUAAUGCAUCAAUAAUGAAAAUGCAAUAAUAAUAUAUAAUAAAUCUCUGACAUGGGCCAUUCUGCUGCAUAAUGUAUACUUUUACUUUUGUUCAAUUAAGCACCAAAGUACCCAACUAGCAUUUUGAAAUCAAAUUAUAAAUCACUUUAAUAGUUAAUAUGAAAUUGGACAAAAUGAAUGUAAGUGGUGUCACUACAGAUGACUGGAACACUUUAGACCUGCAGUGCAGAUUAUGUGGCACACAUACUUUGUGCCAAACCUCAAAGCACACAAUUACAGGACAUAAAACAAAACAUGUCACAUGAUGACAGUGAACUUUCAGCAUAAAACAGGAAAUAACUAAACAAAACCUAAAACCUUUAACAAUCUGCCUGCUGCUUCACUUCCUCAUUUUCAGCGUGACCUUCCGAUUUUCUGGAUGUCUUUUCAUUUGUCACCAUGCGUAUUCACACAUUUUUACUGCUGUGUCUGCUCCUACUAUUUUCAAGAGCAGACGCUCUCUUCGGUUACUGUUUGAUGCGUUGGCAGUUUACUUCCUCUGAUGAUUGUGUUUAUCUGGGGCAAAUCUACUUUAAUAAGGUGCUUCUGGGUCAGUACAACAGCACUUUGGGAAAGUUCAUUGGCUACACGAAGAAAACAAAAGAAAUUGCAGAUGGCCUCAACAAAAACCCAGCUUAUUUGGAACAAGAAAAGCAGAAUUUGGAGCGCUGCAAAACCUACAUCUCAAUGGCAUCUGAUAACCUUUUAAAACCAGUUGAGCCCUCUGUCAGGCUGAGGUCAGUUGAAGCAGCAGGCAGCAAACAUCCUGGCAUGCUUGUCUGCAGUAUGUACGAUUUUUACCCCAAGCAAAUCAGGGUGACGUGGCUGAGGAACGGAAAGGAGGUGGCAUCUGAUGUGACGUCCACUGAUGAACUGCCCAGUGGGAAUUGGCUCUACCAGAUGCACUCCUAUCUGGAGUUUACACCCAGACCAGGAGAGAAAAUCACCUGUAUGGUGGAGCACGCCAGCCUCAUGGAGCCCAAGCUUUAUGACUGGGACCCAAAACCUGAGUCAGAGAGGAACAAAAUUGCUGUCGGGUCAGCAGGGCUACUGCUGGGUCUCGUGUUUUUUCUUCCUGGGCUGAUUUGCUACACUAAGAAGAACACCACUGGUGAGAGACAAGACCAAGUUAACCAAACAAGUCUUCUCAAUAAAAUUCUUUAAACCUCCAAUGUUAACAACUCAGGCAAACAGUGUGUAUUGGGCCCCAUUUAAACACAGAAACAACAUUCUGAUUUGAUUAUACAUAAUGGGCAGGGCCGUGCAGAGACCUUUGGAAGGGCAGGUGCUCAAAGUAUAAAAGGGGCACAUGGAACAAGGAUUUAAAUAGGGCUGUUGUCAAAAUGUUGAUCCAGAAAUAUAUUGUUAUGUAUUCCUUGCUGAUAUGCGUAUACUGAUGCUUCUGUAUCGAUACAUCAGCAAAUGCUGUGACACAGUUUUUAAAAAGAAACACAGGGAAUACCAAGCUCUAGCUUUAAAACAUUGUGGGCUGACAUAACUUAUAGGGAACCGUUGUUGUUGAGGGGUUGCUGGGGAUGCUGCUGCUGCUGUUGUUGUUGCUGCUGAUACUACUGGAGGUGAUCUGUGACUAGAUUUAUUAUAACAAACAAAGGAUAUAUAUUAGAUAAUUUAACAAAUAUGAGCCCGUGACAAGAUGUAAAGAUUGCUGACAGUGUUUGGGACUGGCUCACUAUAACUGACCUGCUGUAGUGCUGCAGCCGUUGCCAAGGCUGACUGCUACGAGAAAAUAACAGGGAGAUGCUCACAGAAACUGCUGCACACCAAGAGCUGCAGGUAGAGAAAAUAAGAUA